AGAAAUAGAAUAGAGAGGUUGGGCAGAAGAGAAGUAAGCCCUAGCCCGCGUUGGUUGGAUUUGUAGUAGUAGUUGUGUUGAUCUGCUCUGUGCUCACUCCCUCUUUCCAUUUCCCUCCCUCGCUUCACUCUUCUUCUCAAACUCCAAUUUCACCCUCUUCCUUCUCCCCUCUCUGAUCAAUUUCAAUGGCUUCGCCUGCGUGGCUGCCCCAGGAGCCACAGAACCCGCCGUUAUCUGCUGAAACACCUCCGCCUGCGUCUUCUUCCGCUCCCGCGCCGGCCGCACCGUUCCCUUACGGCGCGCAUCAAAAUGUCAACGUUUCUGGGACUCCUCAGCAGUCUCCGUCCCAUUCUGUGGUCAAGUCUAAUGCGGGGAAUGUUCCGGUUCCUGGUCACCCCUCACAUGCGGCCCCUUCAUUUUCAUAUAAUAUUUCCCAAACUGGCGCAGGUUUUCCUAGUAAUCAGCAUCCACAAUCUACCACUAACAUACCGGAUUCUGUUGCACUGGAUGCUAGUAAAAUUUCAUCUGCAUCAAGUAUCCGACAUCCUGCCCCUGCUCAUACUUUUAUACCCACAAUGCCGCUACCCUCUGAACCCCCUAACUAUCGGCCAGCUACAUCAUGGAUGCCAACUCCCCCAACUUUUCCUAUGCAUCAUGUGAUGGCUGGAGCUCCUGGGAAUCCUGGCCCCCCUGGAUUGGCAUCAGCAACAAUAAUAUCUUCUAAUGCAUCUAUACCAUCCACAAGCACAGAUUCUUCCUCAGCUACAGUACUAAGACCAAAUAUGCCAGCUGCAGCCAUUGCCUCAGAUCCCACUGCCCCACCGAAAGGCUUACCCUAUCAAUCCAUACCUUCCAUGGUUGCUCCCCCUCAGGGAUUUUGGUUACAGCCUCCACAGAUGAGUGCAGUAAGGCCACCAUUUUUUCAAUAUCCUGCCUCUUUUCCUGGCCCCUUUCCAUUCCAAGCACGUGGUAUUACUCCCUCUGCUGUUUCAGUACCUGAUUCUUAUCCUCCUGGUGUUACUCCUGCGGGUGCUGCCGGUAGCACUCCCGCCUCUUCUGCUUCCAAUCAUCAACCAGUGGGAACAGCUGGUUUGCAACCAGAUGACAAGAGGAAUGUCACGAAGAAUGAGGAUGCUGCUAAUGAUCAAUUAGAUGCCUGGACUGCUCAUAAGACUGAAGCAGGAGUUGUAUACUAUUAUAAUGCCUUGACAGGAGAAUCAACGUAUGAUAAACCUGCUGGCUUUAAAGGGGAGCCUCACCAAGUUUCUGUGCAGCCAACUCCAGCUUCAAUGGUAGAUUUGCCUGGUACUGAUUGGAUGUUGAUUUCUACGAGCGAUGGUAAAAAAUAUUACUACAACAAUCAAACCAAGACAAGCUGCUGGCAAAUCCCAAAUGAGGUGGCUGAAUUGAAGAAGAAGCAAGAUGGUGAUGUUACAAAAGAUCAUUUAAUGUCAGUUCCAAAUACUAAUGUAUUGUCUGAUAGAGGGUCUGGAAUGGUUACUCUGAAUGCUCCUGCUAUUAAUACUGGUGGUCGUGAUGCUGCAGCUCUUAAACCCUCUAGUGUACAGAGUUCACCAUCGGCAUUGGAUUUGAUCAAGAAGAAGCUGCAGGACUCAGGAGCACCUGUUGCUUCCUCUUCUAUUCCUGUGCCAUCUGUGCAAACAGGAUCUGAAACGAAUGGUUCAAAAGCAACUGAAACAACAGCUAAGGGCCUGCAGAAUGAUAACAACAAGGAUAAACAAAAAGAUGCUAAUGGUGAUGCUAACGUCUCUGAUACAUCCUCGGAUUCUGAAGAUGAAGAUAGUGGACCUUCAAAAGAGGAGUGCAUAAUUCAAUUUAAGGAGAUGCUUAAGGAGCGUGGAGUGGCACCAUUCUCAAAGUGGGAGAAAGAACUGCCAAAGAUAGUAUUUGAUCCGCGUUUUAAGGCUAUUCCAAGUUAUUCUGCCAGGAGAUCCUUGUUUGAGCAUUAUGUUAAAACUCGUGCUGAAGAAGAACGCAAAGAAAAACGUGCCGCACUGAGGGCUGCAAUUGAGGGAUUUAAGCAGUUACUGGAUGAAGCUUCAGAGGAUAUUAAUCAAAGUACUGAUUAUCAAACUUUUCGUAAGAAAUGGGGAAACGAUCCACGGUUUGAGGUAUUGGACCGCAAGGAACGGGAGCACCUAUUGAAUGAAAGGGUGCUUCCUUUGAAGAAAGCUGCUGAUGAAAAAGCUCGAGCAAUACGUGCAGCUGCUUCUGCCAGUUUUAAGUCAAUGCUCAAGGAACAAGGAGAUAUAACUUCUAACUCUCGUUGGUCCAGGGUUAAAGAAAGUUUAAGGGAUGACCCAAGAUAUAAAUCUGUGAGACAUGAGGAUAGGGAAGUUAUGUUCAAUGAGUAUAUAUCUGAAUUGAAAGCUGCUGAACAUGCGGCAGAACGAGAGAUCAAAGCUAAAAGGGAGGAGCAGGAUAAGCUGCGGGAGAGAGAACGGGAGACGCGCAAAAGGAAGGAAAGAGAAGAACAGGAAAUGGAAAGGGUCCGAUUAAAAAUUCGAAGGAAGGAGGCUGUUACUUCUUUUCAAGCUUUACUUGUGGAGACAAUCAAAGAUCCUCUGGCCUCAUGGACAGAAUCUAAGCCUAAAUUAGAUAAGGAUCCUCAAGGACGUGCAAGUAAUUCUGACCUUGAUCCAGCUGACACAGAAAAACUCUUUCGGGAACACAUUAAGAUGCUUCAGGAACGUUGUGCACACGAGUUUAGAGCUCUCUUAGCUGAAGUCUUGACUUCUGAAGCCGCAUCUCAAGAAACCGAGGAUGGGAAAACACUGCUUAAUUCAUGGUCUACGGCGAAACGUCGUUUAAAAUCUGAUCCGAGAUAUAACAAGGUUCCGAGAAAAGAAAGAGAAGCUUUGUGGCGCCGGUAUGCAGAGGAUAUGGUGCGGCGUCAAAAGUCGGCUCAUGAUUCAAGGGAAGAAAAACAUACAGAUGCAAAAGGUAGAAAUCCCCUGGAAUCGUCCAAACUUCCACCAGAGUCAGGGAGAUCGCAUGAAAGAAGAUAAUUUUACUUGUAAUUCUUUUGUAUUACGAGUCUCUCUCCUCUGGUUUUCCAGAGAUUAGGUCUCUUAACUUUGAAGCCUGAUAUUAGUAUUAGAAUAGAAAUGUUUUCUGAAUGCUCUGUUUAGUGUUUAGCAUAUUACUCUUAAUUCAUCAUGCCGCAGUAAUCGAGAAAUCGUUAACAUGGGCGGUGCCCUUAAGCUUUUUUCUUUUUCUAUGCAUUGUAGUAUUGUACAAUUGUUUUUUUGAGAUUUAUGAUUCACUUGUUAUUUUGUUCAGGUAUAA